AAUUAGUUCUAGUGAGUCUGUGAAAGUGUGAGCGACUAUCGGACGACGGCGACGACCACAACAACGACGAGGAGCAGAAACAACUUUACUUUGAGUUUUGUUUCGUGCACACGCGCGUUCGCCAAGCAACCCACACACACAGCGAGCGGAUCAACUGCUGCAAGACUUUGAGUCCAACUGGGCAAAGAUAUAGCCAAUAUAUACACAUAUGUAUAUAUAGACAGCAGCUUCAACAAGUGGGCAACUAGCCAGCCAGCCAAUAUAUCAAAUCCACGUCGCAGUUCCGCCGUCGCCCCUUCGUCCGUCGUCGAUCGAUAAGCCGAUUCUUUAGCAACAACUAGAACACGUGCAACAUGUCGCAUCAGUGCAGCUGCGGUCGCGAUCUGAACAACAAUUACGUGUCCUAUACGAACGCCUACGCCAAUGCGAACACGGGCCUGGAUCGGGAGGCCAACGCAAAUGCCAGCAGCAAAGCCAACGCCUCGCACCACACACAGCUGACAGCCAAGGUGAUGUUCGGCACAGUGGGCGCCAUAAAGGAGCUGCGCGACAAGGAGCAGCAACAGUCCAGGCAUGCGGCCACCCGUGCCGGCGAUCGGCGUCAAUAAUAGUGAUUGGGCGGUUGAUUGGUUGGGCGGUUGAUUUGGCUUACAGGCAGGAUGUCCGAGUCGACGAGUGCGGGGCGCAAACAAAUUUGAAAUUUAGCUGCAAUCCCUGCAAACUCGGAGCCUGCGUCGGCAAUGCUGCCAAGGAUUUUGAUAGCCCAAGGUCCGGGGGGGUCAUGUUAGAGGCUUAAAAGUGUUUAAGGAACAAUGCAAUUGUUAAGGCAAUCGCGCGCAGAGAGUUGGAUUCACAUUCCGUUUGGUCAAUUCUGAUCUACUAUUUACCCAAUCAGAUUAUCAUAACUUCAUAUAGGACAUCACAGUCCUCUUCUACCUCUCUCACUCUCUCUCUCCCUCUCCCUUUCCCAUACUAUAUCUGUAUUUCUAUAUACCUAUCUCCCUCUUUUUCAUUUACAACACUUCAUCGUAUGCUUUUCUUAGCGUGUCCCUUUGCCAGUUACAAAAAGUUCUCUUUAUUGCUUUGGGGUUUUCUACGUUUAAGCUUUACAUAAUUUUCCGUUUUUUUCGUGCAAAAUUUUCACUAAGGCUUUUGGGUGUAACUCGUAUACGACCUAUGUAUUCGGGUAUAAAUUUAUUUUUGAAACAUAUGUAAAUUGGUUACCAUAAUAAUAUUAUAUAGUGCAAUACUUUAGCUAUAUACACGCAUACUCUCAACACACACACACACAUAUAUAUGUAACUAUAUAAAUAUAUACCUACUCUGUAAGCUUAUUUUUUAUGUUUAAGUACACGACACACCUGAAAUGUAAAUUUUUGGAGCUCGCUUCUGGUAGUUUCCAGACCGAAUCAGAGGUAAAAACUGAUAUGUUGAUCAAUUGAGAAAUAUGAAUACGAAAUGAAAAUGCAAUAAAACAAUACAAAUUGAACUCA